UAGGAGAAGUACAUUAAUUCUAUCAGCAUCUUGGUGGAGAUCGGCAAAAGGCUAUUAGUAGUUCCAGACUCGAUAUCGGAUAUGGUACACUGGCGUGAUUUAGCAGACGCAGCGAACCAAGUCCGAAUCGGCAGCCGCGCUUCAAAACAGAACUAAGUCAAUCAUCCGCCAUUAAAAGAUUCAGAGAUAACGCCGUAUAGUUAAUCUGAUAGAAUCAUUUAGCUCCCCCUUUCUCUUCUCCUCCUCACAUGUGUAAAUCCAAGAGGAGCACGGACGCUACCGGGCCGGGGAAAUCGAGCUCUCGGAUCUCAAGAACCAGCACCACCCCCGCAAAAUCAUCGAAACGUUCGUCGCCAAAGAGCUCCGAAGUGCACCGAUCGCCUUUUGAUCCUUCAACAAGCAAUAACUACACCACCACAGGCUCCGGCUACUACAAGGACUCGUGGCAGUCCCCGGCUUCUUCAUUGUCGAGCCUCAAAGAUUCUUUACCAACCGAGACUGCUCACCUGUACGAUUUCUCGGAGAUUUGCUACGCCACCAACAACUUUCUCGCCAGAAAGUUCUCGUCCUCUUCGUCAUCGGCUUCCUGGCGGUGCAUGAUUCGAGGCCGCGACGCCGUCGUUUUCCAGAGGAAGUUCCACUGCCGGAUUCCUGAGGAGGUGCUCCGCGAGCGGCUCUCGCUGAUUUACAGAAGUCACCAUACUAGCUUGAUCAAGCUUCGCGGCGCUUCGAUUGCGACCGAUCUCGCUCACGGCCUUGAUUAUAUUCACCAUUCUACAGGAUUGCGUUCGAGUUUUAUACAUAAUCACAUCAAGAGUACGAGCGUUAUUGUCACAAACACGUCGCUGAACGCCAGAAUUUGCCAUUUCGGCACGGCGGAGCUCUGCGGCGAGGUGACGAACGGCGUCGAAGUAGAAGAGUCGAAAUUCCUGAAGAGAUCGGACAGCCAAGAGUUGAUGUUCAACGGCACGAGAGGAUACAUGUCGCCGGAGUACCAGGCCACCGGAAUCGCGACGCAGAAGUCCGACGUGUUCGCGUUUGGCGUAGUGAUUCUAGAGCUGUUGUCCGGCGAAGAGCCUCUGAGGUACAGGUUUGAAGAAGGAGGUGGUUACGUGAGGGUUUCGGUGGUGGAGACUGCGGUAGAGGCGGUGAAAGGCGGCGGAGGGAGGCUGAGGCGGUGGAUGGACCCGAGGCUGAAGGACUCGUAUCCGUUGGAGGUGGCGGAGAAGACGGCGCGGAUGGCUCUGGACUGUGUAGAGACGGAUCCGGAAAGGAGGCCGGAUAUGGGUCGUGUUGCGGGUCGGCUAUCGAGACUAUAUUUGGCGUCUCAGGCUUGGAUGGAGACGAUCGGCGUCCCAACCAAUUUCACCGCCUCUAUUGCCGCUCGGUGACCAACAGCUUCCCGGCCUAUGGAAGGUUACGUAACAGUAUUUUUUUUUUUUUUAAUAAUAUUAUUAAUAUAUUUUUUUGUACAUCUUAAAUUACAUAAAGAUAUAUUAAUAAUAAAAAUAUCUCUCAUGAGAGGUAUAAAGACAUGUGAAGAGCAUGAAGACGGAGAUAUUUUGAUCAUAAUAUCUCUUUAUAUAGUCCAAAAUAUAUAAAAAUGAUAUACAUCUUAACAUGUUUUCUUUUUUUACAUUUACAGCUGUAUUGUUUCUUUUUGCUUAGACAUUUACUGUUAUAUUCAAAUAAAAUAAUUCAUUUC